AUGCAGAAGGCCUGGGUGGGGAUGGCACCUGGAACCCUCUAUGUCUGUGACACCUCUCUCCCUAAGUAUCCCAGUCCUUGUACAAUCUUCUCUGAUCACCUUGUUAAAUGUCUAAGCCAGUCUUCAAACUCCACACAAAUUAGUUAUUCUCUAUCACAGUUCCCUGAAUGCUUCUCUACAGCAUUUAUCAAAAUUCAUCACUGGAUCUUUAUUUGUUUUUCCUACUUACUGUCUGUCACCCCUGUUAGCUCUGUAAAGUCAGGGCCUAUAUCCACAUUAUCCUCAGCAUCCAGCACAGUACCUGACACAUAA